UCAGACGGUUCCGUUCUUCUUGACAUAGGUCAGGCUGGAGCUGGCGGCCUGAUACGAGAUCACACAGGACGUUGCAUUGCAGCGUACGUUUGUAACCUGGGUUUUUGUUCCAUAACCUAG